GUGUUUAUCAUCCUGUCCUGAAGGGGGCGCUCUGCCUUACAAGACUACUUGAAUCUCUUGUUUCCACCUAGCGUAGAAGAGGAAGAGCAAGAUGGCGGAGCGUGGCUACAGUUUCUCCCUGACCACAUUUAGUCCCUCUGGUAAACUGGUCCAGAUCGAGUAUGCACUGGCAGCUGUAGCAGCCGGAGCUCCUUCCGUUGGCAUCAAAGCUUCAAAUGGAGUAGUUCUGGCAACGGAGAAAAAGCAAAAGUCUAUCCUGUAUGACGAACAAAGUGUGCAUAAAGUGGAGCCCAUCACUAAGCACAUAGGCAUGGUCUACAGUGGGAUGGGCCCUGACUACAGGGUUUUGGUGCGGCGUGCUCGGAAGCUGGCACAGCAGUACUACUUGGUGUAUCAGGAGCCAAUUCCCACAGGCCAACUUGUGCAGAGAGUGGCCUCUGUGAUGCAGGAGUACACACAGUCUGGUGGAGUGCGCCCGUUUGGUGUCUCGCUGCUGAUAGCUGGAUGGGACGAGGACCACCCAUACCUGUUCCAGUCUGAUCCCUCUGGUGCGUAUUUUGCAUGGAAAGCCACAGCCAUGGGAAAGAAUUACGUUAAUGGGAAAACAUUCCUUGAAAAAAGAUAUAAUAAUGAUCUUGAGUUAGAGGAUGCCAUCCACACAGCCAUUCUGACACUCAAGGAGAGCUUUGAGGGUCAGAUGACUGAGGAAAACAUUGAGGUGGGAAUCUGCAAUGAGGCUGGAUUCAAAAGACUCACCCCAGCAGAGGUGAAGGACUACUUGGCAGCUAUUGCGUGAACACAUCUCCCUGACGGCGGGGCCUUCUGCCCUCACUUCAAGACAAACACUUGAGUGCAGUAGCCAAUAAUCUCAUGACACAUUGUUGUAGACCACUGUUUUCCGAUGUUUUGUCUUUUUUGUUGAAUGAUUAAAUAUUUACAAGGCAUCCCCUUUAAAGCAUCACUAUAUGCAGAACAAUAAAUAUUAUAAACUAGACUCCUGCAGCCUGUUGACCAGCAUAGACGGCACUAAUGUGGUUGUCUCAGGUUAUACCCCGGAAAUAUCCAUGUCACACUGUACUGUGUCAUGUGACAAUUGGCUACUGUGCAAAAGAAACGAUUGCUGGCUCCAGAUAAAUAUAUUUUUAAGCUAUCCACCGAAUUCUGAUUUUCUUGCUCAACUCUUGUACUUGUGGCCAUGCUAAGUUUGCAUUAAGGCAAAGUUCUACAGAACGUUUCUGUGCAAGAUCUCUCUAAAAAUGCAAAAUAUUUAAAUUCAGGCAAAAUAUUUCAUUUAAGUCCAAUUGGUUAAAAAUCAAAUUAGAAAUCAGGUCAUCUACAAAGUACAACUUGAAAAGGUUUAGUGGGUGGUCUUAAAUUUUGAGGAAUAUCUGGUUGCCUAUACAGCUGUUUUACAUGUACUUUUUUCAUUAUAAAAACGAUUCUUAAAUUUGUAUUUUCAAUUCUGUUAUCUGCCACUUAAAUAAAAUAAAAGAAAUGUGUUCAAA